GGACACCAGCAGCAUCGGGUCAUGGGGAUGUGUACCUAGCGCCACAAACCCAUGUACGCGGAGGCAGCAGCUGCAGUUUCGGCGGAGAACACUCGCCGUCCUCAGGAGCACCGACUCCGGCCAUCAGCUCCGGCAGAGCCCGCAGGGGGCCGUGAGAGCACCGGGUCAGCGUGGGCUUCGCAGAGAAGAUGAAUAUCCAGGUUCUGCCAGAACACAAGCUCUCGUCGGUGGCCCCGCUGAAACAGUGCAAUGUGGAGAAAAAGGAGGUUGAACUGAUACUGGUUAAGGACCAGAAUGGCGUCCAGUACACCAGUUCCUCCAUCAUCCCCACCCCUGGCCACCUCGCAGGUCCUCCCGGAUGCACCGAUGAAGAACGAGAAACUUGGGGCAAGAAAAUAGACUUUCUCCUGUCGGUUAUUGGCUUCGCAGUAGACCUGGCCAAUGUUUGGAGGUUCCCGUACCUGUGCUACAAAAAUGGAGGAGGUGCCUUUUUGAUCCCGUACAUUCUUUUCUUGGUCAUUGCGGGGAUGCCAUUGUUCUACAUGGAGCUUGCCUUGGGCCAGUACAACAGGGAAGGGGCAGCUACUGUCUGGAAAAUUUGCCCCAUCUUUAAAGGUGUGGGCUACACUGUGAUCAUCAUAGCCCUGUAUGUGGGCUUCUACUACAAUGUCAUCAUUGCCUGGUCCCUCUACUACCUGUUCUCCUCCAUGACCAAUGAGUUGCCAUGGCUCAAAUGUGGCAACAUUUGGAACAGUCAGAACUGCACCGACCCCAUAUCCCUCAACGGAUCCAUCAUUGGCAAUGGAACGUCUUACGCCAAGUACAAGAUCACCCCGGCAGCAGAGUACUAUGAACGGGGUGUGCUGCAUCUCCAUGAGAGUAGGGGCAUCCAUGACCUGGGCAUGCCUCGCUGGGAGCUCACCUUGUGUCUUGUCGUGGUGGUCUUCAUCCUCUACUUCAGCCUGUGGAAAGGUGUCAAGUCUUCAGGGAAGGUGGUUUACAUAACAGCUACCAUGCCCUAUGUGGUCCUUUUUGUUUUGCUGAUCCGAGGCAUAACUCUACCAGGGUCCAUGGACGGCAUCAGGGCCUACCUCCACAUUGACUUCAAGCGGCUCAACAAUCUCGAGGUGUGGAUUGAUGCUGCCACCCAGAUAUUCUACUCACUGGGAGCAGGAUUUGGGGUGCUCAUUGCUUUUGCCAGUUAUAACAAAUUUGACAACAACUGCUACAGGGACGCUCUCCUGACCAGCACUGUGAACUGCGUCACCAGUUUCUUCUCAGGGUUUGCCAUCUUCUCUGUGCUUGGAUACAUGGCUUACAAACAUGGGGUGAAAAUAGAAGAUGUGGCAACAGAGGGGGCAGGAUUGGUGUUCAUCAUCUACCCUGAGGCAAUUUCUACACUGCCUGGCUCAACAUUUUGGGCUAUUGUGUUCUUCAUCAUGUUGCUGACUCUGGGCAUUGACAGCGCGAUGGGUGGCAUGGAAGCAGUCAUCACAGGCCUGUCAGAUGACUUUAAGAUCCUCAAGAGAAACAGGAAGCUCUUUACCUUUGCCACAGCCUUCGGAACCUUCCUGGUUGCCCUCUUCUGCAUUACUAAUGGAGGGAUCUAUGUGCUGACCCUGUUAGAUAAGUAUGCAGCAGGGACUUCUAUACUAUUUGCUGUGUUGAUCGAGGCCAUUGGAGUGUCAUGGUUUUACGGUGUGGACCGCUUCAGCGAAGAUAUCGAGCGAAUGAUGGGCUUCAAGCCAGGUCUUUACUGGAGGCUGUGCUGGAAAUUUGUCAGCCCAGCUUUCCUGCUGUUUGUUGUAAUAGCCAGUGCAGUAACAUCGUCAGGCCUGAAGUAUGAUGACUACACCUUCCCCAACUGGGCUAACGUAGUUGGCUGGGGUGUGGCCAUGUCCUCCAUGCUGUUUGUCCCCUGCUAUGCCAUAUAUAAAUUAUGCAGCACAAAAGGAACAUUCAAACAGAGAAUAGCCUAUUGCAUCACUCCAGAACAUGAACAUCAUUUGGUGGCUGAGGGAAAUAUACGGCAGUUCACACUCAAGCAUUGGCUGGCCAUCUGAUGACAAUCACCCAGAAUUCCCUCUUCCAUCCUCACAUCUGGUGUUUUGGAGUUCCUGUGUGCCGCCAGUGGUCAAACAGACAAGAAGAACAACAGGCUCCAACCUUGUUCAGCAGUCUCCCCUGUCCAUUUACUACCCAAAGCCUUUGUUGACAACAGUAUAUUCAAGCACUUUGGUUUCAAAAUAUUAACAGACAUAACUCUUUCAAAAGCUUCAGCUCAUAAGGAAGGGGCACCUCAUGGGGACAGUGCAAGUACUGUUAUUUGCCCAUGGACAGUGUUAUGUUUUUUAUAAACCAUUUUAAUUAAUCAUAACUGUAGUUGUGAUUUUGUAUAGGUUGUGGUGUGACUAUUACCUCCUGGAAGAAACAAACUGAAAUGAAAACCAAAACAGUCCCAUUAUCCUGUGUACUAUUAUACAGGAAACCCAAAUAAUUACACGUUUUAACUUUUUUUUUAAUCUUAUGGUUAUUUAUUUUUAGAUUAAUAUUGAAAGAAAGUCUCUGUUCUUGCUGUUCUGUUGGCAUAGUGCCGUAUCUGUGUCAGUGCCUUAUCAAGGGAGACACUCCAUGUUUAUAACACUACGUACAGGAAGAAAUUAAAUAAACUGUGUUGACUCAGGAAGCCUCCAAAUCAAGCCACAGUUUGUGGAUGGCAAUCUCGAUUUGACCCAGUCCUUUGAUACUCAAGUCAAUCAGCUGGAGGUCAACAGUGCAUCAAGGUAAAGCUCCUAAGCAAAGAUUAUAUAUAAUUUAGGUCUGUUAUAAUGAUUUCAAGUCAUAUUCUGUUACAAAAAGGGAAUAAUGCAUGCAUCACUCCAAAGCUUUAACAGAACUGAGGCAGGCUUUAUUCACCUCUUAUGCUUUAAAAAAGGCCAGACUCCAAACCAUGCCUUAAUCUCAAAGAAAGACUGAGGCUGAACCUGGUCAGUGCCUGGAUGCUUACUGAAGGUGAAGAAAAACAAAAUGGCGAAACUGUUACAUUUUUGUAUUAUUAUUGUGUGACUUUUACUUUACAAAUGUAUGUCUGUUCAGUGCAUCUGAGGAGUAUAAGACGCUUUUUCUCCAAAGAGACCGAAGGAAAAAGAUAGAGACAUAGAUGGAGUGUGUGUGUGUGCGUGUGUUUGUUUGUGUGUGUGUAUUGGGAUUUUGUUGCCAACCAUACAGUAUGCUGCAAGUGAAAGCACAUGGAGGGACGGGGGGGGGGGGACGACACACCACUGUCAAAUGUUUCUUUUACUGCACUGUAUAUUAAUUUAAGUGCAUGAUAACUGGUCUUAUUUUUUAUUUGAAACAUAUCUUGUGAUGUUCUAUUUUUUAAUCACCUUAGAAGUGCCAAUAUGUUCCUUUAGGAAUGUUUUUGAUUACCUUAUUCAGUUUAUCUUUAUACCUCAGCUGAGGAGGAUAGGUUUUCAGUUGGAAAACUACUGGCCCCGUUUUCAUGAAACUGGUGGAAAGGUGAAGCAUGGGCCAUGGAAGAACCCAUUAUAUUAGGGAGCAGAUUGGCCUUGGUGGAGGUCUGUGCUCUCUGAGUGCACUUAUAGUUUAUUUAUUGGAAUUCAGUUUAAUUUAAAACGUGAAUCAUAACAGAGCCCUGCCGCAAGGAAUAAAGCCACAAAGAAAAAAACAUCAAAAAUGUGUGGAAUAUAUAAGACAAUAUAAAAAUAUUAAAAAUAUAUUCUUUUGUUAUGUAUAAUCUUGUAUUUAUCAAAUUGUUUAUAACAAAACGUGAAUGUAAAGUAUUUUAAGCGUAACUGUCCACAGUCAUAAAAUGGUGUUCGAUGUAUAGCUAAGAUGAACUAUGUAGAAAAAAAAUAUUCUUCAGUGUAACCCGGGGCUACUUUGUCACAUGAAUGUGAAAAAUUACACCCUUGCUUUCCUGGACUAUGUUUACAAAAAUACUGUGUACAAUACCAAUGUCCUGUUGAACGUGAGUGACAAAUAUCUAUGAAGAAGUCUGAAGUAUUCACACUAUGAUAAUAAAU